GCGAACGCAGGAGGAGGAGGAGGAGCCGCCGGUUGUGUAAGGGAAGGAAGCCGCCCGGCCAAAGUCCCGGGACCGGCGACGCAGCAGCCGCAGCCGCAGCCGCAGCCAUGUCCUUCUGCGUCUUUUCUGGAGGCGAGGUUUAUCAGAGCCACUUCGAGGCCGGCAUAUACGUCUGCUCCAAAUGCGGCUACGAGCUCUUCUCCAGCAAGUCCAAAUACUCUCACUCAUCCCCGUGGCCAGCCUUUACCGAAACGAUCCACGCCGACAGCGUCUCCAAGCAUUUAGAGCGCCCGGGAGCCUUUAAGGUCUUGUGUGGCAAGUGCGGUAAUGGUCUGGGCCACGAAUUCAUCAACGACGGCCCAAAGAAGGGCCAGUCUCGCUUCUGAAUAUUUAGCAGCUCCCUCAAGUUCGUCCCUAAAAGACAAUAAGGGGAAGAACUUGGGGGAGUAAGCAAGCUGUGACGCCAUCCUUGUGGGCCGUCGAAUUGGUCGUUAAGACUUCAGACCAACCCACCAGCGAGACCCUUUGGCACAGCUCUCCUCCUUCUCCUUGGGUUGGGAAUCUCUUUCACUGUCUGGCAGGACGGAGGUUGGUGAGUGGGAGGAAAAACGGAGGCUCUCCUUGAAUCCGUUUCUUACCAAGGGUGGAUAUCGCCUCUUCAGCAGAGCCUUUGCUCACGCCUGCUUGGUGCCUUCCGUUUCCAUCUUUUUCGUGGGCCGACUCCGAUUCGGUUUCUUCUCCCCAUACACCGGAUGCUUCCUCCUGCCUCUCGGGCACUUCUCACCCGGGUGGUGAUGCCCACUUUGCACCUCGGACCAACCUCUGGAGUCCAAGCGGCGCACCCUUCCACCCCGGCAUGCAACCCCCAGUAAGAGGGACUCUGUUCUGAGCAAGACUUUAGUCCUGUGACGAACCAGAGCAGAAACCAGCCAUGCAGCGCUGGGUCCGAGGUUGAUUUCAGAUGCCACAAACCCCUGCCUUGCUACGGCCUCUCUGGAAAGCGCCGUAGUCAGCAAAUAUGAUUCCCCUAUCUAAUUGGGCAAAGUGGCACCUUUCCAAGAGGAGGGUCCCUUCUAUUUAGCGGUGUGUGUGUGGGGGGGCAACUUUCCCUAUUCAGCCCAGCAUAGCAUCCCCGCAGUGGCCCGUGUGUGUGUGUGUGUUCUUCUUUUAGCUUGUGAACCCUUUUUGAACAGGGAGCCCUUAUUUUAUUUCUCCCAUUGCCUAAACUAUUUUAUGUUUGUUGAAAAGCAGUAUAGAGAUAAUAGAUAAUAAUAAUAAUAAUAAUACAAUAAAAAAUAAUAGAAGACCAAAAUAAUCCCAGUAGUAAUUGGCGCCCUAGGUGCAAUUCCCAAACAUCUUGAAGAGCAAGCACCUCAGCACCAUCGGGGCCACAGAAAUCACCAUCAGCCAAUUACAAAAAGCAGCUUUACUGGGAACAGCCUAUAUUCUGCAACGAUAUCUAUAACAAUUGACAAUAAAAUCCAGCCAUCCCAGGUCCUUGGGAAGGAUUCGAUGUCUGGAUAAAACACACCAGUCAAUAACACCUGUCUGACUUUAAACAAGAAAUAGUAAAUAAGUGCUCCACCUCAGAGGCCUGUAGUUGCUGAUCCCUCCUGUAGGACAUCACGAAUGUCAUCGGAACAGAGGAAGCUGCCAUAUACUGAGUCCGACCCUUGGUCCAUGCAGUUCAGGAUUGUCUACCCGGACUGGCAGCGGCUUCUCCAAGGCGGCAGGCAGGACUCUCUCUCAGCCCUUUCUUGGAGAUGCUGCCAGGAGCUGUGCCUGGGCUCAGUGGCAGUGUUGCAAAGGAGACGAGGGCAAAACCAGAAAGUGGUGUCCCCCAAUUCCCUCCUCUGCCCUGGAUCCUGGAGCACACUCCUCACUCAGCAACGCUAGUUGCCGGUUGAUUGGUGCCUCCAAGGACAUUGCUCUUGGGCUGCUUAGGCAGUUGGGCUGCCUUGAGAGGGCCUCAGAAAGAUCCUCGGACUGUCCCAUGCCAUGGGGUGCCCUUGUCCUUUCUUGCCCUCCCCGCCGACCGAUAUUCACUCCGCUCCUGUCCCAUUCCAGGGCAGGUCUUUGUGGCAUCUGAAACAUUCUGGGCAGUGAGGAGCUGCCCCCUUCCCCCCCCCCACCCCCCAUUGCCAUGGGGCAUUUUUUUGUCGUGGGAUCAGUGUAUGAAUUGCCCCAUGAAAACCCUUUCUGGAGAGCAGGGGUGAGGAAGGUCUAUAUGAACCACCCAGAAAAUGCCCCAGGUAAUUGAUAGUGGGUGACCCACCUUUGGCUUUGGGUUGCUGGGCUCUGAGCGCUGCCCAGGCUGUAGAAAUUAAACCGAUGAAGCUUCCCCUAUCACAGAAGAAGCUCUACUCAGUGCAUUUCUGCCUGUCAGGCAGCUGCUAAAGGUACAAGGGGUGGGGGGUGUACUGGCACCCUAGCUGUUAUUUAAUUUUUGCAUACAAAUAGAAAUAAGUGAUUUUAAAAAAACAAACAAAAAACUUGUGUGUGUGGGGGGCGGGGGUGUUGAGAAACACCCAGACCGGCAGCGGCUUCUCCAAGGGUUGCAGGCAGGAGUCUCUCUCAACCCUCUCUUGGAGGUGCUGCCAGGGAGGGAACUUGGAACCUUCUGCAGGCAAGCAGGCAGGUGUUCUUCCAGGGGAAUAUCUGACCGUGCUCAGAGAUGUAGGCUCCCAUUCAAAUGCAAACCAGGGCAGACCCUGCUUAGCAAAGGGGGCAAUUCAUGCUGGCUACCACCAGACCAGCUCUCCUCCCUUAUGACUCGGGCUCCACUCUGUACCACCUCAAUGGUCAUCAAGAUCCAAUCUGCAUGUCCAUCACAAGCAGAGACUACACAGCAGCACGGCCCAUCGUCGAGUCACUCAUCUGAUUGCCGGAUUUUGAAGACGUCACGUAGAGACGGGCAGACCUUGCUUGUGCUGAGAGCUACAGACCACUUAGAGCUCUGAGCCUUAAUGGGGGGUGAGAUAAGAGGGGUCCUGCCCCUUUGGGAGAUGAAUUGGGAGCACAAAUGACUUGCCCUUUCACAGCCCCUGUGUGUAAGAAAUAGACAGGCUGGCUCUUACAGCUGCUCAAAGAAUUCCUCCAGAGGCCGAGGAGGUCAGAAUAAAGGCUAUUGCAACACAGGACCUAUUACUCAGGCUUAAGAAACCCACAUUACCUCUCUUUGCUCAAAGGGCUAAUGCAUACAAUCCACUCGAAGCAGCACCUUUUCCUGCCACUUGGCCUUGCAUCACAGAGGUCUUCCUUCCUGGGCCUGGAAGGCUUCUUGCAAAACCUGGACCUCUUUGUUUGGCCAUUCGAGUCAGUGGCCACCCAACCCCACCCCGGCCCAUGUUGGGGGCAGGAGCGUUUUUUAAAGAGGCCUGAAAAUGGGAUGAUGGAGGUGUCGUUUCCCGAGGUGGGCACACUUAUGGUUCCUCCCGCCAUUAUCUCUGGCCUUAUAGGCUUUGGGAGUACCACGAAACUCUGCAAGACCUGGGGACAGAGAAAUGGCUGUGCACACCACAAGGACCGACAUCUCCCUGGUGGUAUCACUUCAGUUCUCCUGCCUCUGUCUGAUUAAUCCAGGGUUUCUCAAACUUGGGGUCCCAGAAGUUGUUGGACUAAAGACCACAUCACCCCCUGCCUCUGGCCAUUGCGGCAGGGGACAAUGGGAGUUGUAGUCCAACAACAUUCUGGACAGUGACGUUUGAGAAACCCCGGGUUAAGCUGUCAGGACUUUCCAAGGGUUCCCCAGAAUUGUAGUUCUUGGAAAGGCGGAUAAUUCUCAUUAGAUAAGGUCUUUGGUGUCUGUGGGUGACAAUCCUAUGGGCAUCAUUUGCUUUUUGCUUUUUCUUCCACUGUCAGUGGAAGUUCUGGAUGCAAAGAGUCAUGCCUCAGACAUUUUAAAGACCUGCCUUGCACUUCAAAAGGCAUUCCACCUCAGCUGCAUAAAAACCAAAUUCGAGGGGGCAAAGUUUUGUUUGGAGCCUCAGCUAAUGUUUGUAGGGAAUAUCCCUUUCCUUGGACGUGUUGCAGAACCAGCAGUAUUAACAGUUUAAUCUGCAUUCUAGGGCACUUGAUGGAUGUCGCUUUGCCUCCUGCGGCAGGCGCCAGUGAAAAGACCAGUGAUAUUAAAUUCAGCUUUGAAUGUAGCCUUCCAGCUCAUUGUCUGAGCCUGGUUGCUGUUCUUAUCCCUUCUCUGUAAAUACAACUCUGAUGAUGAUAAUAAUAAAGAACGUUUUCUUGGA